AUGAAGAGCAUAACAGCCUUGUCACUGCUCUUGCUGGCCCAGGCCUCCGCAUGCCUGGCCGGCUCAAAUCGACCAAAUCGACAGGUCCCAUUCUCAUUCCCAGCCUCCUCAUCAGCGCCUGCUCCCACCGCAGUCGCCAGUUCAGAGCUACCAUACCACGAAGCACCAGAAACAUAUGCAUACUCCAGAUUCGUAGACGAUGACGAUCCGACUCCCGUUGCACCUCUACGUCUCUCUCACUCAGGUCUCUACAUCAACCAGGCGCAUGCACCUUCUGCGGUACAUCGACCGGAUCACUCGAAUCAGACCGACCCUUUCCAGCCCCACCCGCUCGUUGUCCAUUUCGACCCGACAUUAUACGCCUCGACCAGUGCGAGAGCAUCCAUUGGACCCGUGCGACUACGAACCCGAGACUUUGUCAUGUCGCAUUGCGGAAACAAAACGGGCGGCAUCGAGGCGUGCGAGCGGGAUGAUCUCCACCUCUCUUCGCCAGAUCACAUUUCAGAGCCAGUAUCGCAUCCAAAGACACCACUCGAAUCAUGGACAUUCGAGUCGGCAGAUACCGUCGACUGCAAGGCGGGUGCCGACUCCCUGCUUCCAGGCGGCCGCUUCCACCUCGACGAACGAUCCUGUCCGGGCUGGGCAAAGCUCUGGCAGUCAGUGCACCAGGCACGCAAGGACGAUUCGCAUGAGGUCCUGCAGAGUUUUGUCGUCAACGUCAAGCUCGACAAGCUGCCGUCAGCUUCAUCAGAUAGCGAUCAGGUGGAGCAGCAAGUGGAGCAAUUCUGGAUCGGACACUUGCAUCUCGAAGAAUCCAGAGCAUCGUGGCCACUAGCAGGCAAUGCUCGCGACAGGCGGCCUGGCCAAGAAGACAGGACAUGGCACCCCAAAGACGUCAAUCGCAUUGCAGGCGCCAUGGAGAAUCCUCUCAUCCCCAAAUCGUCCCGAUACGUCAAUGACCGUAACUUUGGCGUCUUUGUCGACCAAUCUGCUUGGACACUUGGAGUGCAGAUCAAGGUGCCAUUGAGCAUCACCAACCCAAGAGACGAUGACGGCGAUGACGACGACCCGGAAGACAUCCACAACAAACGGGCCAAAGCGACCAUGAUGCUGCCACCGGAAGAGGUGUUUGCGCCAGUAUCAGGUCAAGUGGUGUGGGCGAGGGACUACACAUUCCGCCGACCACCCAUCUACGGCCCUGCAGCGGGUGAGAAUGACGAAGGCAGCUACUGCCUCAUGAUCCGCGACGAAUGGUCGAUCGUCUAUCAGAUCUUUGGCAUCGAUGGUGGCACCGUCAGCCUGCGCGAGGGCGACACAGUGUUGCGUGGUGACGUGCUCGGUCAUGCCCUUCGCGAAGGGUUCUCGAUCGAGCCACCCUCCACUGAGCCACCUGCAGACCACUUGGCAUUCAAAGCGGAUCGCCACGUAUCGUUCUACCCGUACCGCUUCCGUUCGAUCCAAGUGCGAGUCUCUCGACCCGACCCAUCGUGGACCGAGUGGAAGUCGCCCGACGAAGCAGGAUGGCAGUACUUUCAUCCUCUACACGCCUUCACCGAAGGCAAGAACUACCGAUCGAGCAUCACACCCUACGGCUCGCCCACGCUGAUUUACUUUGCCAAGCCCUCAACGGAUCCGCUCAACACGCCGCCGAAUGCGUAUGCGACGAGCAACGAUUUCUGGACCCCGACCCUCCAAGGACCGACCGAGAUCAUUGUCGGGUACGAGUACUUUCAGCAGACACCUGGGGAUCCUGCGGAUGGGAUGGACAAUCUGGCGGUGUAUGCGCUGGAUGUGGCGUUCAAGAAGAAGGUGGAUGGGGAGCGAGCGCCGAUGCGGGGGAUGGAGUGUGACUUGGGUGGAACCACAGACCCAACCGGGGUGAGUGAGGAGGAUCGGAAGUACUGGAGGAACGUGUUUGAGCAUUCGAAAUUGCCGAACAACUGGACACCCGCGCCAUCACCACUUACCCAGAGCAACGCGACGAUGAAGGAGGGCGAAGGAGAACCGUAUCGGUGGACGAGCAAGCUGUUUGCACACUACAUGCCCGCUUUCUCCCACGGACGCUUCUUCCCGGAGAAGAUCACGAGUCAGUUUGACGAAAAGUCCAAGACGCUCUACUAUUCGGCGGCGCGGACGGUGAGAGGCGAGCCCAAGAUCGGCGGUGCGUUCAACGUGCAGGAUGUGAUAGAUCAGGAAGGGGAGGAGGGUGGAAGGGGCAAGUACAGGCUGGUGGUGCGGGCGAGGGACUACUGGGGCAAUGUGGGUUGCAUUGCUAGUGACGUGCUGCUUACUUGA